AUGACAUCUGGAAACGACACCAAGAUGGAAGUGGACCCGGCGUUUGUCGCUACCAUGAAGGCAAAAACCGAAGCGGUAUAUAAAGCCUUCCAUCAAGCCCAUCAAGCGAUGCGUUUUGCUUCACGCGCUAUCGACGAGUUGCAAGCGGUAAUGCCACAGGAACUACAGACUCUUAUGCCGGUACCGCAAGUCUCGGAUUCCGAGACGAAUUCAUCGAAUUUGUCUCGUAAAAAUUCAAAGCCGCGACAGAGACCCGCCCCAUAUACUAAAGUUCCACCUCGUUCAGCUGCUACAGUGACACCAACCACAAAUCUAGUAUCCGCAAACACUUCACCAGGAAGCCCAACGACUGCCAAUGAAUCAAUUGCAGCUACUGCCUUGACUACGACUUUGCCGAAUAGCGGAAUAAUUCAACAACAGCAACAAAAUACCCCGACAUUAAGGAAACGAGCCUCGCGAUCGCCUACACGUCCUACUGCUACUGCACAAUCCGCCACGACGAGUUCAAAUACUAGUCGUCGUGAACCGCCUACAUUUACCCCCGAACAAGCGGCUCUAUUGGAUGAAUUUAUCAAAUAUUUCAAUCUACGGGUCGAGAGCACAAAUAUUCCACAAUGGAAAAUUGGCGCGGAAAUUUCAUCAUACGCGGGAAACAGCAUCAAAAUGGAUCAAAGUACCGUUUCCAGGAUGGCGAGACGUUUAGGUGUGCCGAAAAGUCAGACAGGCGUCGAGGCUGUAAAAAAAUGGAUUGCAGCUGAAAAAGCGAGAAUCGCUGCUGAAAGCGGUGCAAGUGGGGCUACCUCUUCUCCUGUUGUUACCGAAAAUAAUGCUGCCAUGACAAAUGAGACGACUGGAUCUUCAUCGAUUGCUACAGCUAAUGAUAUUAAAAAUAAUAUUAUUGACAAUAAUACACAUAUUGCCACUAUCGAUAUCCCUAAUAUGACGACGACGACUACUCCCACCACAUAUGAAAGCCUUGUGCCAAAAAAAGAGUCUCACGAGAGUUGA